AAAUUUUCACCAACGUUUCUUCUUCUCAUAUGAAAAUCUCUCUCCCAUUUCUUCUUAACUUCACUGCCCUGUUUUUUUUCCCUCAUUUUUGAAUAGUUCUCAAACUUUUUUUUUCUUCCCCUGAGGUUAUUAAUUUCCUUUAUUUGCAUAAAUCUUGGGAUCCGAAUCGUAAAAGCAAUCAGAAUAAUAGACUUGUACGACUCUUGUGCCUAAGCUAAACAAUGGCAGAUACUGCGUCCGUGGAGGAAUACUAUAACCUCCGCUCGGAGAGAGUAACUCAGCAUCUUGUCCAUAACUCGGAGUCUGACUCAGUGAGUCAGAAAAGCAAAGCAGAGCAAAGCGAGAAUAAGAAGACGAAACGUGUGAGAGACUCCGGUAAACACCCAGUUUAUCGUGGAGUAAGAAUGAGGAACUGGGGAAAAUGGGUGUCGGAGAUUCGUGAGCCGAGGAAGAAAUCACGUAUUUGGCUCGGAACUUUCCCGACGCCGGAGAUGGCGGCGCGUGCACACGACGUGGCGGCUCUGAGCAUAAAAGGAACCUCCGCUAUACUAAACUUCCCUGAACUUGCUGACUCAUUUCCUCGACCCGUCUCGCUAAGCCCUAGAGACAUUCAGACCGCAGCUCUUAAAGCAGCUCACAUGGAACCGACGACGUCGUUUUCAUCUUCCACGUCGUCGUCGUCGUCGUCUUUGUCUUCUACGUCUUCGCUUGAGUCUCUUGUGUUGGUGAUGGACCUCUCGAGGACUGAGUCGGAGGAGCUCGGUGAGAUUGUGGAGCUGCCAAGUCUCGGAGCGAGUUACGACGUCGACUCGGCUAACCUUGGGAACGAGUUUGUGUUCUCUGACCCAGUGGACUACUGUUUAUAUCCGCCGCCGUGGGGACAGUCGUCGGAAGAUAACUAUGGUUACGGAAUUAGCCCUUAUUUUGGCCAUGGCUUGUCGUGGGAUCUCUAACAGUUUAUUUUGUAUCAUUACUAUAAUUAAUGUUUUGUUAUGAC